GAAGAGAAAAUAAACAAAAGAAAAAGAGAAGAAGAUUUAAUCAAAAGUACACUUCCAAGUGUACAGCUUUUCUUUUCUUAAAUUAGUUGUAUUAAUCAUAUUUUGUUUUAUUUUUAUUCGUUUUUGGCGAACGGCGUCCAUGCCAUGCAACUGUGACUUUAUUUGCAUUAUACCUUUUGCGGCAAAGUCAUUUCUCUUCAGCAGUCGGUUGGCCGUCAGAAAACAGCUGAUCAAAAAGAAAUUCGUUUAAACAUAAAAAUCUGGGAUAAUAAAGAAUAUGGACCAAUUUGAUAGUGAAAGCUAUUGGAAAUCUUCUUCCAGCAGAGGAUUCAGUUUUGACGAUGAAGAUGAUGUACGGGGCGUAACGGUGGCGGGCAGCAAUAUGAAUGUGACCAAUAUUCUUAAUGAUUACGACACUAUCUCGGAGGCGAGUUUCGACAACAGUGCCACCAGUAGCGCACUAAAUUUAUCUAUAAAAUCUGUAAUCUCUGAAGAAUCAUUGAAGAUGCUGUUGCAAGAACAAACAUUAGACGACCGUAUAGUGUCAAAAGGCGUUGCGCCAGAGGAAGAAUUGCGUUUGCUGCGCAGGCAAAUACAGACUACAUUUUACAAUCCCUCCCCGGAAGCAACGGCAGCUAGACUUCUGCUUGGCAAAUGUGCACCGUUGGAAGUGUUCAAAUCGUUGCACGAAAAAGAACAUCUCUUGGAUGCAGUAUUGAAAUGCGGGGGUGGCGAUGCCGUUAUUGGCGUGCUACUCUUUCUCAAGAAGACGCUAAAUCGCUCAAACUUUUUUAAAAUUCUCGAACAAAGACCAUCGGCGUUACAAUACUACGUGAGUUACUUGGAGGAAUGUCAAGGCACGGAAGCUAUUGAAGUGCUACAACAUUUCGGCAAGCACCAGGAAGCAUCGCUGUUACAAUUCAAAGUAGCUAUGGCUUGCAACGAUUUGCAGCAACGCAAACGAAAGUUACAACUGCUGAUCGAUGAGUACAGCGGUGACAGGGGUGUGGUCAGCGUUUAUUUGCAACAAUUUCAGGCUGCAUUAAAGUUGCUGGAGUUCGUAGAAAAAGAGCGUAAUAGCCUCGACAACGCAGUGAAUAUGAAUUCCACACCCAUUGAAGUGUUGUAUCAAUGCUGUCGCAAGCACAACAACUGGAAAGAUCAAGACAUAACGCGCACCAUAUCACCAUUUCGACUGAGUGCCGAACUACAAAUCUCACCGGCCCAAUUUGAGUGGACUACCUUGAAUGAACGCGGAAAUUCGCAGGCGUACGCUGAUCUGGAAAGUGUGUUCGAGCGUGUACCAGCUUGGCUUCCCAUGAAACAAAAGCAAUUCCACAUUAGUUUCGCACUAGAAUUGGCAAUAUUGCGAUUAUACGCGCUGCAAGCUCCCACAAGCGUAUUGUAUAUGUUUUUAAAGAAAAUGAGCAACUCAGCGGAGAAAUUGGAGCUGGCACAGCGUGUUAAGUGCGUGCGUGCAGAAAUUGAUGCACUCGCGGCAAUGAAGGAUGUAAGUCGCUUGACACAACUAAAGAGUUCAUUGCCACAGCGAUCGGAAGAGCAGUUCUACUGCGAAAAUGCACUGAAGGUGCUGCAAACGAAACGCUGGACUACGGAUAAUAUUAAGCUGAAACUUUAGAGGGGCAGCCAUUCAAAUUUAAGUAUUAUGCGUUGGCGAAUAUUUUCCGAUUUUUUAUGUACAUUAGAUUAGAUUAGCCAUUGUACAUACAUAUGUACAUAGACACAUACAUGUAUGCUGUAAAAUGCAUAAUGUUUAGUUAGUUUUUAGAAUUUUUUUGAAAUGAAAAUAGUUGUUAGCUUCGGUCGUUUUUUAAGCUAAAGCAAUAAAUUUGAUAUUACGUAUAUAUAGGUAUAUACCUAUAUACAUAAAUUUUAGAAAUAAAAUGUAGCUAUGAACCUUUUUAUCCCUGUAUAUAGCAAUGCUUAAUUACUAAUGGGACUUACGCGAAUGCUGUGAGGUUCCAGAAACGCUGCAAACAAUAUUGCGGAAGAA